UCACUUCAGGUCGAAGUGUGACAUUUGGUGGCAGUGGUGGGAUGGCAACCCGAAAGAUCCCCAGGGGGGGGCAAAGGAAAAUCCAAACCAGAAGUGUGACCGCCAAACUAGAGACUGAUCCUGAUCCAGAAGGUCCUGAAUGGGAAACUGAGGAGGAAGAGGGGGGUCCCACAGCCCAGCCUCCCUAUGCAGAAUCGUCAUCGCAGGAGAUGGUCGCUAUGCUACGCCAGUUUAUGGGUGUUCAGAGGGACAGAGAAGAAGCGCUCAUAGGGGAAAUCCGAGACCUACGGACAGCUAUCCAAGCUUCCAGUCAACCACCGACACCAAGACCCCGUGGCAAUUCCAGAGCAGGGAGCGCUGCCUCUCUGGUAGAACUCCCCACUCCGCAGCCACCAGUUCCAGCUCCACGGAAGGACCCCAAGUUGCUUCCCUUCCAGUUUGGUGAGGACAUUGAAAAUUUCCUCCUCCGCUUUGAGCGGAUUGGCAAGACCUGGGGGUGGCCAGAGACUGAGUGGGCCUACAGACUUGUGCCUUUACUGACGGGAAAGGCAUUGGAGGCCUAUUCAGCCAUGGAUGAAGAGCAGUCUGACUCCUACCCAGACCUUAAACAAGCCCUGCUCGCCAAGUUUGACAUUUCUGCAGAGACCUAUCACCAGCGCUUCAGGGACCUAGCUGUACCCCAGGGGGAGGCGCCAACCGAGACCUACCAACGCUUGAAAGGCCUGUAUCGUCGUUGGAUCAAGCCAGACCAGUGCAGCAUGGAGGACAUCGGGGAAACCAUCGUGCUGGAGCAGCUGCUGAGAGUGUUUCCACCUGACAUCCGCACAUGGGUCAAGGAGCGAGAGCCCACCACCGGUUUAGAAGCAGCCAAGCUGGCCACACAGUACAUCAACGCCAGAAGGCCUGGACGGACUCCAUGGCGCCAGCCCAAUAAAGGACAAGGGGACAAUAGACAAGAAGGCCAGAAGGCUUUUCUCCCGUGUAGGAGUGCCAGAUGAGAUCAUCACUGACCAGGCUACUAACUUCACCUCUGGUACAAUGAAACAACUGCAGAAGGAGCUGGGCAUCAAAGGCAUUCGGACGACUCCAUACCAUCCACAGACUGAUGGCUUGGUUGAGCGAUUCAACCAAACGCUAAAGCAGA